AUUUAACUCAGUUGUUUGUAAUAGUUGCUAUUUUAAACACUUUUGAAUUAAGCAUGUUUUGAGAUGUGUUCUGCCUGGUAUAAUCAUGUGAUGUGCAUGUAACAUAAGGUGUUCCUACUAGUUCUGAGAGCCUUGGUCACUUCUGUUGGAACUGCUUGUGUUUUUAGGUUUCUCUGUUAGUAACAGUCACGUUUAUAACCUUCAGCAUGUGAGAUGAACUCAGUCUAGUUGUAAAGUAAGAAAGCUACAGCUGUUUUCACAAUCUAAUCGCCCAGUAAAAUUUGUCUUAAUUCUUAUUAAAGUUUCUCUUUGCUUAACUUACAAAUGUCAUCAUUAGUCUGUCAUUUCUUCUAUUUUAACCCUUUUUAGCAUGUCUAUCUUCAAUUUAUAGGUUCUGUCUUUAGCUUUAAAAUUUAUAGGGAUAAACAUUCAGAAGUAUUUAACUCAUUUGUAAUUUUUAAACACAGUUUUAAAAUGUAGUUUUGUUGUUAAGUGUGUGCCUUGUUUUUUUCUGUCCCUGGCAUCAGUUCACACCAUAAUAUCAACUCAGAACUUUUCUACUUAAUCAACAAAGCUCUGUCAAUAAUAGACUUUUGCUGUUUGAGUUUGAGGAAGAUCAAGCCUGGACUGGAGAAAAAGAAAUAGCAAUUUGGGGAAUAAUUAGUUUACAUUAGCCACCUAGAAGUAAGAUAGAAUUUAUGGAAGAGAAUAUGUGAGAGAACUAGCAAGGCUUUAUGCACUAAAGUGAAGAAAAAUAGGCUAAGAAUCGGCUUCUUAUCCAGAAAAUCAUUAUUAAUUUAAUUUGGAAAAUUUUGAGUAACUAGAGCUGGACUGGCCAUUAUGGAGGAGGGCCUGCAGCACUCUCACUGCGUGAAUUGUGUCAGUAGACGGUGUAUGACCAGACCAGAGCCUGGGAUUUCCUGUGACUUGAUAGGUUGUCCAUUGGUUUGUGGAGCAGUUUUCCAUUCUUGUAAAGCUGAUGAGCAUCGACUUUUAUGUCCAUUGGAACGAGUGCCUUGCUUAAAUAGUGACUUUGGAUGUCCAUUUACAAUGGCUCGAAAUAAAGUUGCCGAACAUCUAGAAAUGUGUCCUGCAAGUGUGGUGUGCUGUACUAUGGAGUGGAACCGAUGGCCAGUUAGUUAUGCAGACCGGAAAUCAUAUGAAAAUCUAAGCAGAGAUGUUGAUGAAGUGGCACAAUUAGAUAUGGCCUUGGCCCUUCAAGACCAAAGGAUGCUCUUAGAGUCUCUCAAAGUAGCCACCAUGAUGUCAAAAGCAACUGAUAAAGUAUCAGAACCUAGAGAACAGAUCUCAGUUAAAUCAAGUGUCCCAGAAAUACCACAUACUAAUGGUUUGGUGUCUGUUGAUGAAGACUCUUAUGGUGCACUUUAUCAAGCUACUGUUGAAACAACCAGAAGUUUGGCUGUUGCUUUAGAUAUCCUGAAUACCGCCACAAGAGACAUUGGCAUGUUAAGUACGAGUCUUUGUGCUUCCCCAAAUGAAAUGAAAGAAGAAGAAAAUGCCAGAGAAAGCUUACAGAACAGAAACUUGAAAGACCAGGACCAUCUUUAUGAGGAUGAGAUAGGGGCAGUAGGUGGGAUUGACCAUAAUGACACAAGUCAGAAUGCCCAGUCUGAACAAAAUGGUUCAAGUGAUUUAUUAUGUGACUUGGAUGCCAGUUCUUAUGGCACUUCUGCUCUUUGUAAUGGCUUUCCUUUAGAAAAUAUAUGUACACAGGUCAUUGAGCAGAAUCAGAAUUUACAUAGCGACUCAAAACAAAGUAACUUAACAAAUAGAGAAUGUGUAGCAUCAGAUGGCCCUUCAGAACCUUCUAGUUCACUUUCAGUAGCAGCACAAGUUAGGGAAGUAAUACCAGCUAAUGCUUUGCCUAAUGGCACAGUUCAGCAUAUCCUCAUGCCAGAUGAUGAUGAAGACUUGUGUUGGAAAAAAGUAGACUUAGGGGACCUAAGGAAUGUGGAUGUCUUAUCUUUCAGUCAUCCUCCUUCAUUCAGAUUUCUUUCUAAUUCAUGUUGGUCUAAACCAAAGGAAGAUAAAGCAGUAGACACAUCAGAUUUGGAAGUUGCAGAAGAUCCAAUGGGUCUCCAAGGAAUAGAUCUAAUCACAGCAGCAUUACUGUUUUGUCUAGGAGAUUCUCCAGGUGGGAGGGGUAUAUCUGAUAGUCGCAUGGUUGAUGUUUAUCACAUCGACUUUGGGACUCAGACUUUUUCACUUCCGUCUGCCAUAUUAGCUACAAAUACAAUGGUUGGGGAAAUAGCUUCAGCUUCAGCUUGUGAUCAUGCCAACCCACAGCUUUCAAAUCCAAGUCCUUUUCAGACACUUGGGCUGGAUUUAGUAUUGGAAUGUGUCGCUAGGUACCAACCCAAGCAGCGUCCAAUGUUUACAUUUGUUUGUGGACAGUUAUUCAGAAGAAAAGAAUUUUCAUCGCAUUUUAAGAACGUGCAUGGUGACAUUCAUGCUGGACUCAAUGGCUGGAUGGAACAGAGGUGCCCUUUAGCAUAUUAUGGUUGUACCUAUUCUCAGCGUAGAUUUUGUCCAUCAACACAAGGAGCAAAGAUUAUACAUGACCGCCAUUUGAGGUCAUUUGGAGUUCAGCCAUCUGUAUCUACAGCGUUAGUGGAGCCUGCUAGAAACUGUGUGUUGGGAUUACAUAGUGACCAUCUAAGUGGUCUUCCUUUUGAAGUCCUGCAACAUAUUGCAGGCUUUCUUGAUGGCUUCAGUUUAUGCCAGCUCUCGUGUGUAUCCAAGUUAAUGAGGGAUGUGUGUGGCAGUCUUCUUCAGUCUCGUGGAAUGGUCAUACUGCAGUGGGGGAAAAGGAAGUAUCCGGAAGGAAAUUCAUCAUGGCAGAUAAAAGAAAAGGUAUGGCGAUUCAGUACUGCAUUUUGUUCUGUCAAUGAAUGGAAAUUUGCUGACAUCCUAAGCAUGGCUGACCACUUGAAGAAAUGCAGUUACAAUAUUGUAGAGAAACGGGAGGAAGCAAUCCCAUUGCCGUGUAUGUGUGUGACACGAGAACUCACUAAAGAAGGACGUUCACUUCGCUCAGUUUUAAAACCUGUACUUUAAAUACUAUAAUUCCACUUGCACAUACAUGCAAGCACCUAGUAUAAUUUCUUGGUAAUAUGUGACACUUUAUUAAUGUAUUAAAGAUUACAGCUAGCUAAAUUCAUUGUCACUAUGUAUAUAAUGUUUUGAAGUGACCUAUAUUUUUAUAAAGUACUGUUUAGUUGGAAAAAAGUUGCCUUAAUGUUUGAAAUGUGUGAAUGUUUUGGAACUUGCUGGACAGGGUGAUUUAAUUUUUAGCUACAUAAUUUUCAGAAUUAGUAUUUUUAGUGGUGUGCAUAUUUUGGUUCUUACAUUUUUUGCUUCUUAAAUAACAAGAUCCUGACCAAACAAUUUAUUCCUCAUUUUCCGUGGGUUAUAACCUAUGCAUUCAAAAAUCAAAACUUUGAUUCUAAUUUUUACAUCAUAGGCUUUUCAGAUUCAGAAAACAUUCAAUUGCUUAAACACUGCAUAAGACCAUUAUAAAGUUUUUAUUUUCUAGUUCUCCCCUUACAUAAUUGUUGAUAUGUAGAUGAUCUCUAAUAUAUACAUAAUAUUUAAAAUCAUGAGUAAUGUUGAUAAUGCCAUUUAUCAUGUUUUAAAAAUAGUCCACAAAAAUGUUUUCACCUUACAUAUUUACAACUCUCAUACAGAGUGUUGACCAUAUGCAGCUUUUUUUGGUUAGAUGCCACAUCCAGAGACUCAUGGCAGUGUGUUAUGUGACAGGUUAAAGGAAAAUCAACAAAAGAACCCUGUGAAUUUACUUUAAUUUGAAACUGUAUAUGGUAUUAUAUGCUAGGUAUUUGAUAUUUGGAGAGAAGAAAAUACAGUUGGCCCUUCAUAUCUGCAGGUUCCAAAUCCAUGGAUUCAACCAAAGGAUGGAAAAUAUUUGAAAAAAAAAUUCCAUGAAAUUUCAAAAAGCAAAACUUGAAUUUGCCACUCAUCUUCAACUAUUUAUAUGGCACUUACAUUAUAUUUACAAUUACUUACAUAGCAUUUAUAUUGCAUUAGGUACUAUAAAUAAUCUAGAGAUGAUUUCCAGUGUAUGGGAAGUAUGCGUAGGUUAUGUGCAAAUACUAUGCCAUUUUAUGUAAGGGACUUGAACAUCUGUGACUUUUGGGACCGUAGCGGGGUCCUGGAACGAAUCUUCUGCAGAUCCUGAGAGAUGACUGUAUACCUCAUCUUAAGUCUGAAUUGGGCAUAUUCCGUGAAUAAAUUUCAGAUAUUCAGAAUGCAAAGGGCUUAACUUCUUAUCACAAGUGUUUAAAAUUUUUGCCUUUUGAUGUUUAUAAAAAUCACAAUUAUGUUGUUUUAAGACAUUUUAAAAUGUGACACUUGCUAUCUUUGUAAGAUGACAAUCAUGAAACGCAGAAACCUUUGCAGGUUAAUAUUCCAUAGACUUCUCUACCAAAAAAGUAAGAAUUGCAUCUUUGUGUAAAACCAAAAUACAACAGAAAGAUAUUCAAAGACCUAUUCUUGAGGUAUUUUAUUAUAGUUUUCAAAUUGAUUUAUACUGUUAUUAACCUGAUGUGGUCAGUUUAGAAAAAUGAGUAUAUCAGUAUUAAGAAAUAAAUUGCAAAGAUGGAGAUUUGUACUUAAAUAAUUUAGGUAACUUGUGGCAUUUGGUAGUCUGAAAUGGUUACAAGUUACUUUGCUAAAAAUCUUCAAAGCUAUUUUGUCUUCUUUUCCUACAUUUGUCCCUGAGAAUGCUCUAUUAACUAGGUUCUUGAUUCCCAUGUAUGGCAAUUGGGCAGGGCAGAGCCCUUCCUUGGGCAUUACAAAAGGAUUCUGAAUUGCUUUAAGACUUGUUUUGGUUGGAUCAAGGCCUCAUUACAGUUGAAAAGCACAGCGUUAAAGACUAAUCAAUUGUUUUGCCUCACCUGUCAUUUUAAUUAGAAGAAUAUUUCUUAGUGCUUUAACCAACUAUUUCAACUGUGAGAUUUGAAUUACAUAAACAGUCUCUUUCUGUGAAAGUCAGAAAUAAGAUAUCAAAUACUAUAAAAUAUAACUCUGCCUUUUAAAGUUUUGCUGAAGAAUGUGUCUGGUUAGGAUAGCACAAACAUUAACUUUUUGUUUUAUGGUUGUGCUUUUUUAAAAUCCUUGUUUUUUAAGUUUAGACUCCAUGUUUCCACACUGGAUCAUGAGAUAUUUAACAUUUUCUACCUUUUAUUUCUUUUACACAUCUUUGGCUGUUUUCUUUUUUGUUUAUGCCACCAUACUAUUUUGUUAAAAUGUUUUCUUUGUGCAGCAUUUGUUCAAAUUCUAAUAAAAUUAAUAUUUUCCUUUAUAUGGCUCAGUAACUUAAAAAGAAAAAACUUAUAUUUAAAUAAAAUUUUAAUCCUUGCUUGACAAAUUCCAAACAUAGUCAUAUUGUUUCUGUAGUGGGGAUUUUCUGCAUGUUGCAGGAGUUGCUUGUUGAUUGUCAUUGCUCACCCAUGUUUUACUGGUGAACAUUAACUUUUUUUUUAAUAUAGAAAACUCAUCAGUUAGCUUUCUCUGCCCCUUCAGUGUCUUCUUGAAAGUAGUUCCACCUCGGGGUAUUGAAAGGCUGAAGAGUUUCUGGCAAUAUUAUUUUUCUAAAACUUUUAAUGGGAACAGUCUAUCUAACCUUUUAAGCAUGAAAAGGUUUGUGUUUUGGCCAAGUAAGUUGUCAUUUGAGAAGCCUUUGUUGAUACUUUAGUCUUUGCUAACCAGCAAGAUAAAGGGCAGGUAUUAGGAAGGAGGGAAAUACCUGAAUUCACUUUUCUCCUCUGCCUUUUUCCCCAGAACUGCCUAUUAGCUUAAUCUCAGUGCCCACCGCGCCCCCCCCCC